AUGUUAUCUCCUUGGGUCAAUGAUGUUUUGGGCGAAUUAUCACAGAGAUUGGGCAUGAUAGCUGACAUUUGGAAUGCCAUGGGUUUAGAAGGAGAAAAUUUGCGACUGCGAAUUCAUUCUCUGUCUUCUCAUUUGUUCUUAAUGUUGGAUGAAAUGUAUAGUGAAGAAAUCAUAGCGAAGCAGUCUAUCAUUGACUCAAUCAAAGAAUUAAAGGUAAAGAUUAGAGAACUCGAGUCAGAGCUUGGGUUAACCAACAAUAUUCCUGAAACAUCAUCGCUUGUAAUGACUGAAAAACUGUUUUACGAUCAUUUUAAAGCACUCACUGAAAAGUCCUCUUCAAUUAUUCAGACAUACAAUUUGCUUAAAGAAGAGGAGAAAGAUUUGUGCGCGCGGCUUGAUGAACCUUCUGUUCCUGAGACAUUCAUACACGUCCCAAAUGCUGAACAAAUUAGAAUCUUAAAAGAAAACAUUGAUCAUCUGACGCUUGAAAAACGUUCUCGUUCUCUUCGUUUGUCUAGACUAAUUCAAGAAAUUAAAAACUUAAGAGAUCUCCUGCAACAAAAGACUAUCGAUGACGAGGAAAUAAUCACUCUAAUCACUGCUCCUAAUCCUCUGGAGGAUUUAUCAUUAUCAAAAAAUUUUCUUGACCACGUUACUAAAUUAAGAAACAGUUUAGCACAGGAGUUUGUCAAGUUAGAUGGUGAUUGUCAAAGAAUCAUUAAAGAAAUCAUGCAUAUAGCAGGUCGUCUUAAUAUUGAUAAUGGUGUGAAUAUUCAGCAACCGGUAUCUGCUCGCUUUUUACAACAUCUGAAAGAAGAACUCAAUCGUCUGAAAAAAUUGCAACUAAGAAGUUUAGCGUCUAUUAUUUCAAAGUGUCAAGCUGAGUUAGUCGUAUGGUGGGAAAAUUGCUUUGUUGGUCGAGAUGUUCGUCAAUCAUAUUUAAUUUCUGAAGGUCAAGAGUUAAACGAGUCACUACUUAUAUCGCUUGAAUCUGAAAUAACAAAAUGGAAAUCAUUUUACUUGGAAAAUGAACCACUCUUCAAGGCAAUCGAAACGUGGCAGUGCAUAUUAUCGCGUCUUCGAAUGUCCGAGCAAAAAAUGAAAGAUCCUUCCGUUUUAAAAAACCGAUGCGGGAUUUUGUUGGUUAUUGAUAAAGAAAUUAAACAAUUAAAGCGUGAUCUCAGUCGUCAGUAUUCUAUCUUAAAAGAAAUUUCUAUGAAUUACCCAAAUGUAACAGUUCAUGGAUUAUCAAUUCUUGAUUACUUGGAUUUCUCCGAACAUCAAUGUAGAAUAGAAAAAGAAAAUCAAAAUCCAGGAAAUCUAUCUAGUUCCUUUAUUAAAGUUGGAAAUAGUGCUAAGAGAGCUUUUGAUGCGAAUAAGUCAACUCUACUUACUCCAAUAAGUGGAAAAAAACCGCGUACAGAUUUAUUAAAUUCCACCAUAGCAGCAUUCAGUAGCAAUUCCAAAUUAAAUGCCGUGCAAUCGCCACUUUUGGCUUGUUCUAGUAUGGUUUCAUUACAUGGAAUUGGUUCUACAGAUUCUUUGUCAUCAGUUCACAUGCCUAUAACAAAGGCCAAAUCUUCAGUUCAAACUCCAGUCACUUCCUGUGUUUCGUCGUCGAGUUCAUCUCGGAAAAAAAUAGCCUCAACUAUAUCUACAAAACGUCGAAGUGCAAGACUGAGUGGAAAGAAAGUCUGCUCAACACUACGUGUUUUACAGGUGAAAAAUAUACAAAACAAUAGUGAUAAUCCUUUCCUUUCUCCUCUCUCUACGGCACCUAGAUCUGCUGUGAAAUCUUCACGUAUUGUAAAUAACACGCCGACACCAUCUGUGGAAAAUAGAAUACACAGAGCUCCAUUCCGUACUUGA